UCUGGAAAGAUACUAACGAGAAGUCGCCGUCGCAUUUCAGUAUCAUACGCUCAAUCGUGAGGACAAGAUCAGUUUAGGAAAAAUAACAAAACUUGUGACAAGAAACUAUUAAACGUUUGCGUGUCUUUUGUAAAUAUUGUGCGGUUGUUAUCUUAUUUUAAAUUACUCUGUUUUAUUUUAUUAAAUUAAAUUGUUUUUAUUUGAGAAGAGAUAUAAAAAACAUUAGUGCAUUCGUAUGAAGUGGAUUAAAGGAUUGUAAUUUUAUUUGAGAAACAAUUAUUCUUGGUUUAUAAUAAAGCUGCUGAUAAUUAGAACCAUGAUGGAGGUUCAGCAGCAGCAUUCGCCGGUUGGCGUCGGUCCAUUGGAUUUUUCUCGACGUGGUGUUGCCGAGGCGUCGGCAUUUCGAGUAGUCAAACCUAAACAACCACCGUCGUCACUUGUUCAUCAACAACCACUUGUUCCUGAAGCUAAUAAUAAUGAAAAUAUUGCUGAUCAUUCAAGAAUUCCUGUUGAAGCUGCAGAAGGAUGCAAUGUCAGGUUGAUGUUUCCAAGACUUUGGGAGCCUUUUGGAAAUACGAGUGUCACAACCUUACCUACUCUUGACAAAAAUAGUUCAGAGCGAUUAUCUUUUGGAGUAGGACGCUUAGUUGGUUCUCCGGUAACAAGAAGUCCAUCACCAUCUCAUUCAUUAGGUCCAUCAUCUCCAAGAACAUCGAGAGAUCCGGAAGUUGAUGUAGAUGUUGAAGAAGACGAAGAAGAGGAGGAAGAAGUUGACGUAGACGUUGAAGAAGUUGGAGACGAUGAAGAAAUAGAAGCAAAAGGUUCAAGCCUCUCACCUAGAUCUAUACACUCAACACCAUCUCCAUCUCUAGUCCACGGAUCCUCCUCACCAUCGACUCGUCCUCCAAGAAAAUCCGGAGACAGUUUUAGUGUUUUGGCUCUUCUCAGGCCAGAUCCACCAACAAGUCAACGAAAUUUGUCGCCUGCAUCUCCAGAUGCCACUACUGUUACAACUGUUGCUCGACAUCAACCUGGACCUGCUGCUCCAAAUAUUGGUCUUUAUCCACCACUUCAUCUUCAAGGGGGACUUUUGCCACCUCAUCCGCAUCAUCCACUUUCUUAUUUACACCCACAAUUACUUCCUCACCACCUUCUACCUCCCCACCUUCAUCCACUUUUAAGGGGAGUUCAUCCCACACAUCCAGGAAUCCAUUCGUCUCACACAAGUCAUGGUCUUCAUCAUCCUCAUCCGCUUGGAGAUGUCUACAGUUGUGUUAAAUGUGAUAAAAUGUUCAGUACACCACAUGGUCUUGAGGUUCACGCAAGAAGAUCUCAUAAUGGCAAACGUCCUUUUGCCUGUGAACUGUGCAAUAAAACAUUUGGCCACGAAAUAAGUCUGACUCAACACCGUGCAGUGCACUCAGCAGAGAAGGUGUUUGAAUGCAAGCAGUGUGGGAAGUCGUUUAAGAGGUCAAGUACGUUAAGCACUCACCUGCUAAUUCACUCAGACACUAGACCAUAUCCUUGUCAGUUCUGUGGAAAACGGUUUCAUCAAAAGAGUGAUAUGAAGAAACACACAUAUAUCCAUACAGGAGAAAAACCGCACAAGUGUCAGGUAUGCGGUAAGGCAUUUUCUCAAAGCAGCAACCUGAUAACACAUUCAAGGAAGCAUACAGGAUACAAGCCGUUCGCAUGUGAACUUUGUAAUCGUGCAUUCCAACGAAAGGUAGACUUGAGAAGACAUCGAGAGACACAGCAUGCAGAUUUAGGUGCUACUAGUGUAACGAACAUUACACAUCGAGUAUCACUAAAUACCAUCACCCAGAAUAAUCAUAUCUCCACAAAUCCUCAAGUGUUGCAGUAAAAUUUUGAUUUAAAUAUAUAAAAUAGUGAAAGAGAAGCCAAGUGAAAAAUUGAACCGUAGGAAAUUUGCUGUGUUUGUGAAUUGGACUUAAUGCUUAAUGCUCGUCAAUAACCAAAGAUUAGUUGUAAUUGAACUCAUCAGCGUAAAUUUGAGCAAUCCAAAGGAGAGAUAAACCGAGAAUUGUAUUGUCAAUUUACAAGUUGAUAAUAUAAGAAAAAUCAAUUUUUAUUCAUAUUCUUUAUUGUUGUUUCAUGUUUAUUUGUUUUCUUUGAAAAAGAAAGAUGAAUCCUUUGAUAAAUCGUGAUGUAAAAUAUUACAUUUCCUUGAAAAUGUAAUGGAGGAUAAUUACAAUAAAUAUUAAUCUACUUAUGAUGUUGGUUGAAAGAAAUGAAGAAUGUAAAUAAUAAUUUGUCCAGCAUCAAUCAUUUAGUCGAUUUGGAUAAAUUACUACAUGUAUAAAUUAAAAAAUAAUUCUGUA